UGCCCGGGGGCGCGGCGGGCCGAGCCGGGCCAGGCCGGGCCCGGCGGAGCGAUGAGCGGGCCGCGGCGGCCCGGCAGCCAUGGAGAUCCGGUGUGGGGGGCUGCUUUUCAGCUCCCGCUUCGACUCAGGCAAUCUAGCACGUGUGGAGCAGGUAGACCCGACCGGUACCGGCGGGGGCCCAGCGGGUCGGGCUGCCACGCUUCCCGCCGCCGACUACGAGUUUAACGUCUGGACGCGGCCCGACUGUGCCCACACCGAGUAUGAGAACGGCAACAGGUCCUGGUUCUACUUCAGCGUGCGGGGAGGGGCUCCGGGGAAGCUGAUCAAGCUGCACAUCCUGAACAUGAACAAGCAGAGCCGGUUGUACUCUCAGGGCAUGUCCCCCUUCGUGAGGACCCUUCCUGUGCGGCCCCGCUGGGAGCGCAUUCGUGAGCGGCCCAGCUUCGAGAUGGUGGAGACGCAGUUCGUACUGUCCUUCGUGCACCGCUUCCUGGAGCACCAUGGUGCCACUACCUACUUUGCCUUCUGCUACCCAUUCUCCUACUCGGAGUGCCAGGAGAUGCUGGCGCAGCUGGAUGGCCGCUUCCAGGAGUGCCGGCACAUGUCUCCCAGCAGCCCCCUUGACUCCGUCUAUUACCACCGGGAGCUGCUCUGCCACUCGCUGGACAAGCUACGAGUUGACCUGCUGACCAUCACCUCCUGCCACGGCAUGCUGGAGAAGCGAGAGCCCCGGCUGGACAAGCUCUUCCCAGACACCAGCACUCCCCGGCCACGGCGCUUCACAGGGAAGAGGGUAUUCUUCCUGAGCAGCAGAGUCCACCCAGGAGAAACACCUUCCAGCUUUGUCUUCAAUGGAUUCCUGGACUUCAUCCUGCGGGAGGAGGACCCCCGUGCCCAGAUGCUGCGGCGGAUGUUCGUCUUCAAGCUCAUUCCUAUGCUGAACCCUGAUGGGGUGGUGCGAGGCCACUAUCGAACUGACUCCCGUGGGGUAAACCUGAACCGCCAGUACCUGAACCCCGAUGCCGAGCUGCACCCUGCGGUGUUUGGGGUCAAAGCUCUUGUCCUCUACCACCAUGUCCACAGUCGCGUCCUGCCAGGCUCUCCUGACUGGAGGACCUUUGUCUCCCCACUCAGCAACAGCUCGCUAAGAACAAAAUCUUCCAACCAUUCCGUCCGCAGCAGCGGCCCGUUCCCAGAGGCUGCACUCUUGGAGCUGGAGAAAGCCAAUAACCUCCGGAACUCGCCCAGCUCCUGGCAUGCCGGCAGCUACUUCAGCCCUUCUCAGGAAGCCCCUCUCUCGGGAGCACCGGGCAGCACAGGCCGCACUGGCUGGAUCCUCCCAUCAAGCCACACCGCAGAGCACUGUGAGGAGGAGGCUAGGAAGCCCCUGCCAGCACCUCUUCCUGAAACCAUCCUGCCCCAGGACAGUGGACUGGCCUACUAUGUGGAUCUGCACGGACAUGCCUCCAAGCGUGGCUGCUUCAUGUAUGGCAACAACUUCAGCAAUGAAAACGAUCAGGUGGAGAACAUGCUGUUCCCCAAACUCAUCUCCUUGAACUCCCCUCACUUCGACUUCACGGGCUGCAACUUCUCGGAGAAGAACAUGUACGCGCGGGACAAGCGGGACGGGCAGUCCAAGGAGGGCAGCGGCCGCGUGGCUGUCUACAAGGCCCUGGGCAUUAUCCACAGCUACACGCUGGAGUGCAACUACAACACAGGGCGCUCAGUGAACAGCAUCCCUUUGGCCUGCCAUGACAAUGGACGUGCCAGCCCCCCACCCCCGCCCACCUUCCCCUCCAAAUACACCGUGGAGCUUUUCGAGCAGGUUGGGCGAGCCCUGGCCGUGGCGGCCCUGGACAUGGCCGAGUGCAACCCCUGGCCGCGCAUCGUCCUCUCGGAGCACAGCUGCCUCAGCAACCUGCGCGCCUGGAUGCUGCGUCACGUGCGCAGCAUGAAGGGCGCAGGAGGGGGCCCGCGGCGCAGAGGAGGUGCCAGGACCCCCCCCCGGAGCUCCACCGGGAUCCCCAUCUCUGCCUCCGAUAACGUCCUGUCCCGCGCCAGAAGCUUCAGCAAUGGCACCAGCGGGAGCGGCAGCAGCCAGCAGGACUCGCCGCGGCUCAAGGCCUCUCCCAGCUUCACCUUCGGCUGCAGCAGCCCCUCGGCUCAGGCCGCCACAGACCAGAGUGCUCAGCAUGGCAGCACCCCAGCCCCGGCUGUGGGCAGAGGGAUUCUGUCAGCAGGCACCUGGACAGCACCCAGCACUGGCACCAGCCACCGACCACAGGAGGCCCAGCAUGGUGCAGGACACAUGGCAGCUGUCCACAGUACAGCACCACUACAGGUACUUCCGAUGAAGCUGGAUGCCAGGAAAGCCUAUGAGCAGCCUGGGUAGGUGCUGGCAUUGGCCAUGGUAUGGGGUCACCCUUCAACCAGCCUCGAGGCUGCCCACAC